GCGCCUCGCUCUGCGGAGACGCGUUUGGGAUCUUGCUGGUUUGGAGUCUUUGUGAAUUUCUUUUUCCUUUUUCCUGAAAGUUUGCGGACAGACAGAAUGAUCCUGCGGGGGGAUCAGCCGCCGCUGCACUGACAACAUGGGGUUUUUGCCUCGGCGGGGAGGCGGAAGGUGGAGGAUCCGACACGUCGUCCUGUUUGUUUUGCUGUGGAUGUUUCUGCACUGGACCGCUCCAGUUCUGGGCUGCAGCUCCAUAAACUGUAACAUGGUGCUGACUGAGGCCCAGGGCGAGUUCACGUCACCCUGCUACCCUGGGAACUACCCCAACUCUCAGACCUGUAAGUGGACCAUGCAAGCGCCGACCGGCUUCAUCAUCCAACUCUCCUUCUUGGACUUUGAAUUGGAAGAGGCACGGAACUGCAUGUAUGACCGAGUCGUGGUGAAAACCGGUAGCUCUGAAUUACCGUUUUGUGGUCUGACGGCCGGUGGUUUGACACUAAACUCGACGAGGAACGUGAUGGAGGUUUCUUUCAUCUCUGACUUCACCAUACAGAAGAAGGGCUUCAUGGUUAGCUUCCAACACGUCGCCGUGGCUUUGAGGAACCAAAAGGUGAAAAUCCCAAACGGUAACGGACAAAUCGCUGAAGUCAUCAACUCCGUUUCCAUACCGGCGCUCAAUGAAUUGACCAUUUGCUUUGAGGUGGAAAGAACAGGCUCCGGUCAGAAAGAGUGGCUCUUCACCUACUUCGACAUCAACAACAAUGUGGCGUUGAGCUUUGGCAACAAUCAGACGGGCAUGGAGAUGGUUAUUGACGGCGUGGUCUGCCCGGUGGAGUCAAUCAUCCCUGCUGCUGAGUUCACCUCUUCCAUGAAGUUCUUCUGUGUCCUCUGGAUGUCCUCAAACAGCCGUGUGGCUGUUUACUUCAACAGGCGCUACUAUGGGAAAACCUGCUCGCCAUCUAGUGGCCACUCUGUGCCAGCGGGAGGAGUCUUCAAAUUGGGAGGCUUAGGGCAGCAGAGUUUCAAAGGGAAUAUUUACAACCUGCGCCUGUGGAAUCGUGCCAUGACGGUCCAGGAGCUCAGCAGCUUGACCUGCGACAUGGUGGGAAACACCAUCGACUGGGACAACAGCCAGUGGAGCAUCUCGUCCUCUCUUGCUCAGACUGACAACACACUUAGCUGCAUCUGCUACCCUCAUUGCAUUCAUUUAACUGCUGCUGCGCCCACUAGUGGUUCCAACCCGGCUACAGGCUGCGACUCGGGCGCACUGGGCUGUUCAGCUGCUUCCUCUCCCACCACCUCAUCCACUGACUCCACUAACACCAGCCAUGAUACUAACGCCAUCUUCCACGCCUUCCCUCCUCCCAUCUCCACCCCUAGCAUGCCUCUAACCCCAACCAUCAGCACCAGCAGCUUUAGCACCAGCAGCUUUAGCACCAGCAGCUCUUCCAGCUCCUCCUCAUCCUCUGCUUCUGUCUCCAUCACCACCACCGCUACUUCACCUUCAUCCACCACUGCUCCCAUUGCUUCAGCCAGCAGCACACCUGCUGAACAGACAACCAGCAUCACUGCAGCCGUUUCACCUGCUAGCACUAACCAUGCAGAAACUAACCGCACAGCGCUUGUUCCUUCCUUCGUUUCUUCACCUGAACCUCUUCCAGGAACGACUCUCCAGCUGCCGUUUCUAACCACCAACCAACAAUCGACUAACGAAGCCGAUGUUUCUCCUCUGGACGGUUUGUUCUACCGGGUUUCCUUCGCGGUGGAGACUGAGCUCAACCUGCAGGCGGUGCAGCGAGCCGCCGCUCUCUGGAUUAAUCAAACUUUUCAGAACUGGACACAUUCUUUGGAUCAUAUCAGAGUUGAGCCGAACGCAGCCUUGAACAGUUACACCUGCCAGGUGCUGCUGAUGAUCAGCAACGAGAGUCUGGGUGAAGCCGACGUGUUGGCCCAGCUGAUCGCCGACCCGGCCGGUACCGGCCGGCUGGGCCAGGCUGACAACAUCAUCGUUCACCAGAUCGAGAAUUGCCCCGAGGACAACAACCUUCACUACCUGUGGCCCGAGACCAAACCCAGACUCACUCACUUCCUGCCCUGCUUCCCCAACAAGGACCAGAGCGCCUCCAGAACCUGUUUGAUAAACCCAGAAACCUUCCAGUCUCUCUGGUCGACUGCAAACCUCACCAACUGCUCCGUCACUGCAGAAAAUGCGGCUGGCGUUGCAGAGCAGCUGGCAAACUUCACCAAGAACACUCUGUCCAAGGAGGAGGUCUCUCAGGUUGUGACGAAGGUCCAGGAACUGGUCAGCGUUGCCAAGAUCGACACGGCGGUGGCCGGAUCGGUCAUCCACAUUAUCUCUAACGUCAUGGUCAGCUCGGACAAAGCCUCCAACAUAGCUCUGAAAGCCGUGGAUGAACUGGCUCAGAAGGUGGAGUUUGAAGGGGAAUCUGUGCUCAUCAACUCCAGAAACCUGGCCCUGGGUGUCCUGGCGCUCAGCUCCAGAUUGUUCAACGGGACGUCAUUCAGCGCCUUCUUCCCUCCUAACUCCACCGACCCCCAGAUCGAGUUCAACCGGACGUCCAACCCGUUGGCUCAGGUCACGCUUCCCGCCUCCCUGCUGUCCGGAGUCUCUGCGGACGCUUUCAGCCGGUCGUCUCUGUCCAGGAUCAACUUCAUGUUCUUCAGCAGACCGAGCCUCUUCAUGAAAGAGCAGAAAGGUUUGUCUCUGAACAGUUAUGUGGUGGCCAGCAGCGUCGGGAACCUUUCCAUCACGGACCUGCAGGAUCCGGUGAAGAUCGAGAUCACCCACCUGUCUGAUCAGGCGUCGUCGCGUAGGGAGUGCGUUUUCUGGGACUUCAGCAUGAACAGGGGCGACGGAGGCUGGAAUAAACGCGGCUGCAGCGUUUCUAAAGAGUCGACCUCCAGUAGAACCGUCUGCCUCUGCAACCACCUGACCCACUUCGGCAUCCUGAUGGACAUUUCCCAGACUUCCUUUAUAAUCGAUGCAGAGAACAAGAAGGUCCUGACGUUCCUUUCCUACAUUGGCUGCGGCAUCUCGGCCAUCUGCUCGGCCGCCACGUUGCUCACCUACAUCGCCUUCGAGAAACUGCGACGGGAUUAUCCGUCUAAGAUCCUGAUGAACCUGAGCACGUCGCUGUUGUUCCUCAACAUCGUGUUCCUGUUGGACGGCUGGCUCGCCAGUAUGGUCCACAGCGAGGGACUGUGCAUAUCUGCAGCCGUCCUGUUGCACUACUUCCUGCUGACGUCCUUCACCUGGAUGGGCCUGGAGUCGGUGCACAUGUACAUCGCUCUGGUCAAAGUCUUCAACACCUACAUACGCAGAUACAUCCUCAAGUUCUGCAUCGUGGGAUGGGGUUUACCUGCAGUGCUGGUGGGAAUCGUUGUCACGGUGAAUAAAAACUAUUACGGCGUCUUGAAGGACCACACCGACGAAUCAGCAACGAUGUGUUGGAUCAAGGAGAAGAGUGUUUUCUACUCAACCUGUGUUGGUUAUUUCUGCCUGAUGUUCCUACUCAACGUGGCCAUGUUCAUCGUGGUGAUGAUGCAGAUCUGCGGCCGCAACGGCAAACGCACCAACCGCACCCUGCGAGAAGAGAUUCUGCGGAACCUGCGGAGCGUUGUGAGCCUCACCUUCCUGCUCGGGAUGACAUGGGGCUUCGCUCUGUUCGCCUGGGGGCCCGUCUACCUGACCUUCACCUACCUGUUCACCAUCUUCAACUCCCUGCAAGGUCUCUUCAUAUUUAUCUUCCAUUGCGCUCUGAAGGAAAACGUGCAGAAGCAGUGGAGACGUUACCUCUGCUGUGGCCCCUACAGGCUCUCAGAGAACUCAGACUGGAGUAAGACGGCCACCAACAACACGAAGAAGGUGAGCUCAGACAACCUGGCCAAGUCGCUGUCCUCCAGUUCCUUCGGCUCCAGCACCAGCAACUGGACCUCCAAGGCCAAAGCCACGCUGACACCGUUCUCCAAGCGAAACAGGAACACAGACAAAUGUUUCUCCAACCAGACCAGCCCCAAGUGCGUCUCCUCUUCCUCUUCCUCCUCAGAUGUGGAGCCCAACUCCUCUUCCUCCUCCUCCUCCUCCAUCCUCCCUGUCAGUCAGAUGAUUGACAAGGUGAGAGAUUACUGCUCCACUCGCACCGACAACUUCUACAAAAACAUCAUCAUGUCCGACAGUUUUGCCAACUGCACCCGGCUCUAGAGCUGCAUCUCCAGGUUCUGGAAGACCUUUUCUCUUUGUAAAUAUUCACGACCCGCUUUCAGCCUGGGAUGCGUCUCAUUCUGGAACAUCUUCAGGCGUUUAAGGUUUUUCUGUUGUUGCCACCCAGAGGAGAUUGUUUUCAGUUUCAUGGAGCUUGGGGAAUCUUUGCAGAUCUGACCGAGAACGUCUUCUGGAACGUUUCCUUUUCCACCCGGGAAAAUGGAUCAGUCUUUCCGCCGUCCUGUAACGCUCCUACAGUCUUAAGGAACAUGUUUUAUUUUAUUGUUUUCUUGUGUUAUAUGUGUUACUUUGGUAUUGUAUAAGUAGUUGGAGUUUUACAGUGUGGAAAUCAUUUAGGUCGAGAAAUUUGUUCAAGCUCAACUCAUUAAAACAAAAUCAGUGACAUUAAAAUCUAGUCCUGUCCUCAAGAUUUCUAUAAAUUAUAACAGAAUCAGUACUGAUCAAUAAUCAAUAAUUCCAGCUUCACUGCAACCCAGAAGAUUUUCUGAUGAGCAGAACAAAAUGUCUCAUGGGCAGAGAAACGACUGGUUGUUGCAAAAUAGAUUAUUAAAAAUUAUAACUUUGCACACAACUGCAAACCCUAAGAAACAAAAAUAAAGUUUUUCAAAAUGCUCAGUGGUUUUGCAUGGAGGGUCUUUCCUGGUGGUUAUUGGUGGUGGACUUCAAACUUAAUAUAUAUUUACAUAAAUCUAACUGAGAUGAGACUGAGAACAUGAAUUAUGAAAAUAUAUCUAGACCUCAAUUAGUCAUGUCCAUUUAGACAUUCUUCACUUACAUUAUCAAUAAAAGAUUAUAAAUCAUAUUGUCAGAAGAAACAACAAUCCUGCAGCAGCUUCACUGAUUUAAACCACAUUCUGAACAUGUAAGAUAUUUUGUUAUGGUGUCGUUUGUAAAGCAACACUGUCAAAAACGAACAGCAACAAUUUGGUUUAUAAAACUGGAGAAAAAAAUGAUUUCAUUCACAUGUUCACUGUUUAAAACUAAACAUUUAAUUAGAACACUAAAUAUUUAGUCAAACAACUAAAUAUGUAAAUCCCAACAAAAUGUUCAGCAAGCUAAGUAUUUAGCUUUAAGUAUUUACUAAACAGGCUAAGUAGUUAGCUUCUAAAUAAAUAUGUAUCUUGCUGAUUAAGUAUUUAACUUCAGACUAAGCAUUUAGUUUUGGAGGUAAAAGCUUCGUUAGACUGAGUGAUGAGUAGAAGUGGACUAAUAAUUUCACAAGCCUUCAUGUCACUUUAUUAUGUUUUCUUCUUGUUCUUAUUCAACAUUUCACCUUAAAACAAAUAAGCCACAUUAAGUUCACUGAUUGUUCUAGAGGUUCACAAGACCCAGCUUUUAUUUUGAUAUUCCAUAUAUCAGCUGAAUAUUUAGCUGUGCUAACCAGAUAGCAUGUAAACAACUAGCUAAUAGAGAGAAGGCUAAAUAUUAAACCACCUGUGAGCUAAAUAUUUAGUGUGACUUUAAAUAUGUUGAUGGUAAACUGAAUAUCUAACUCGGUAUAUUUGAUUUGAAGCUGUGACAUUUAUAAAUGAAUGCAUAACAUGAUGAAAUUAUUUAUUGACUAAAUAACCCAAAAUAUUGCUGGUCAUUUUUGACUGCAUGUGUUUUACUAUUGCAGCUAUAAUACAAAAAACUUUUCUGUAUUUCCUGAGUGGUUGAGAGCUAAGCAGUGGUUAAUAUGGUGACAUAUUUACGUAUUGUAUAAAUUAUUUUCUGUUUUCAAGUGUUAUGGAAACAUCUGGCAGUGACCACACAAUGCCUCCUGGAUGUCAUGAAACUGAAUUCAUUCAGCAUUGAGGCUCUGCUGCUGCUCAAGCAGACAAAAUCCUUUUCCAAUUAAAUGCUACUCAUCACUUUAAUCAUCUGUUUCUACACACAGAAUAAGCUAUAAAGAGCAAAACAUUGCAACAGUUUGAUUUAGCUUCUGCCUGCAGCAUGCAGCUCCAAUUGCACAGAAUACUUUGGAUCAAUCUUGCUUACUGAAUUAGAACCAAAUAAUAUUUUGCAGACUCUGCAGAACACAAAAUCCCUUCUGGAAUCAGUUUGAGACAUGUCAAGUCACAGGAACAAACCUUAGGUUAAAAAUGACCCAUAAAACCACCCAGUUUUUCACAUCCACGCGUCUCCAGGAUGAUGAGGUGCUUCAGUUUGGAGCUACACGGUGGUCAGAGACGCUGAUGCGAUUCUACUGUAUCAUAUAACCGCCGGACUGUAAAAAAAGGGAAAGAGUCGGAGUCGGGUCGGAGAAAAAUGGGCUGUUAUGUUCUGUUGUCUUUUUUAAUACUGUGAUGUUUGUGGAGCCAUGUCCUCUGUAAAUAGUUAUCUCUCUGUUCGAUGUGCCUCUUUCUGUGGCCAUGAGAUCUGUGGAUGCAGAAACGCUGCAGGCCGGAUCGUUGUGAAGCUCCGAGCGCACAGGAGAGCGGAUGAGACGGGAAAGACCAAACAGAUUUUCUCUGCAUCAUAAAGCUUAGCAUCACGUUUGGUUCAGAUUAGAUUUUUGUGUUUUUAGGAAACUGAUCUGUGUUUUGCAUCUUUGAUUUCUCUCUGCAGCUGUUUGGGAGAAGAUUAAAUAAACACACUUCCUUGUUACAUAAGCAGACUUUUUUCACCUUAAUGCUGCUUCAUUUUACAUUUGAGAAAUGCAAAAAGAAACUCGACCAACCGCAGAUGGAGGCUCAAUCAGUUUUUCCUGCCAGGUUAGUUUUAAGUCUGGCAGCUUGAACAUGGAAAGAAACAUUUUAGGGUGAAAAACGGUGAUGUCUCUGCUCUAAAGUCUAAAAAAUGAGUUAUCAAUGGGGAGUUUUCCACAGAGCUGCACAUAAAAGCUCUUUUUCUUGUCAUUUUCAGUGUCUAUGAGGCAGAAGGAAUAAAUAAACUCAAUUAAUCAGGAA